CGAAAAUUGGACAGUGAGUGUCUAACAUUGUAGGCGGAAAAUUAGGGUUUGGCAUCGAUGACGGAUGGUGAGGUGAAGAGGGGGACGGUGAAGUGGUUUAACGAUCAGAAAGGGUUUGGGUUUAUCACUCCCGACGAUGGAAGCGAGGAUCUGUUUGUUCAUCAAUCGGUCAUCAAAUCUGAUGGAUACCGCAGCCUCGGGGAAGGAGAGCAGGUGGAGUAUCUCGUUGAGUACGGCAGCGAUGGCCGCGCAAAGGCGUCGAACGUGACUGGUCCCGAUGGGGCCUCUGUGCAGGGAAGCUCCCGCGGAUCUUACGGUGGGAGAAGUGGUGGAGGCGGGUACAACGGUGGGGGUGGGGGCAGGGGCGGGGGACGCUCUUACGGCGGGGGUGGUGGCGGUGGAGGUUACGGCGGUGGAGGAUACGGAGGUGGAGGCGGUGGUGGCGGUUGUUUCAAGUGCGGGGAGUCUGGGCAUAUGGCAAGGGAGUGCCCACAGGGCGGUGGGUACGGAGGCGGCGGCGGUGGAUACGGAGGGGGUGGCGGCGGUGGAUACGGAGGGGGAGGCGGCGGAGGCGGAGGCGGCUGUUUCAAGUGUGGGGAGACGGGACAUAUGGCUAGGGAAUGUCCCAACAGCGCCGGUGGAGGAAGUAGGUACGGAGGCGGCGGAGGAGGAGGAGGCAGUGGUGGCUGUUACAACUGCGGGGAAGAAGGACACUUUGCUCGGGAUUGUCCCAGCUCCACUCGCUGAGCUAGCUGCAGUGAGAUGGUACAUACCCCUUUCAAGUCAUGAAUGUAUCGUUGGUUUAGUUGCCUGUUUUUUGGAUUUUCUGCAGUGGUGAACCUUAUUUAUGUUUUAUGCCUUUCGAUUGUUAUGGAUUGGUCAUCUUCUACAAACAUGUUUGAUUAGGAUUUUAUUUAACAAUGAAAAUUUGGAUCUGGUUUUUGUUAUGUUCAGGGCUUGCGUUGAUUGUUAUUAUUAUUAUAUUUGUUGAAAAGUGUAUACAUGUAUAUUGAUAUACAUGUGGAUUGCUUUCCUCGGAUGAUUUGAUGAUGAAUGAUUGGCAAUUGAUUGGCCUUUGUGUCUA